CCCGCGGGGUGCAGGUCCGUGCUGAGUGGAUUUGGUCUUUGGGGUUGGCUGUUUACGUCUUGCCGCCAUUGGUCAGCUUACAUUUGUGGUGCUGUGCACCGUUCCUUUUGUUUCUGGAGAGUAACCCCCUGGAAAAAUUACUAGGCUUGCUUGUUCUCACCUGGCUAACACCCUUCUCUUCCAGCCUAGGCCCCAAGCCUGGGGCAACCAUGGCUGUACCUCCAGGCCCAGCUACCCUCCCGCACACACUGCUGCUCCUGCUAACCCUUCUGAGCUCAGGUUGGGGGGAGUUGGCUCCACAAAUUGAUGGUCAGACCUGGGCUGAGCGUGCACUUCGGGAAAAUGAACGCCACGCCUUCACCUGCCGGGUAGCAGGGGGGCCUGGUACCCCCCGACUGGCCUGGUACCUGGAUGGACAACUGCAGGAGGCCAGCACCUCAAGAUUGCUGAGUGUGGGUGGAGAUGCCUUCUCUGGAGGAACCAGCACCUUCACUGUCACUGCCCAGCGGGCCCAGCAUGAGCUCAACUGCUCCAUGCAGGACUCCAGUAGUGGCCGAUCAGCCAAUGCCUCUGUCAUCCUCAAUGUCCAAUUUAAGCCGGAGAUUGCCCAGGUUGGUGCCAAGUACCAGGAAUCUCAGGGCCCAGGCCUCCUGGUUAUCCUUUUUGCCCUUGUGCGUGCCAACCCGCCUGCCAAUGUCACCUGGAUUGACCAGGAUGGGCCAGUGACUGUCAACGCCUCCGACUUCCUGGUGUUGGAUGCCCAGAACUACCCCUGGCUUACCAACCACACCGUGCAGCUGCAGCUCCGCAGCCUGGCACACAACCUCUCUGUGGUGGCCACCAAUGACGUGGGUGUCACCAGUGCCUCGCUUCCAGCCCCAGGACUCCUGGCCACUCGGGUGGAAGUGCCACUCUUGGGCAUCGUUGUGGCUGGAGGGCUCGCCCUAGGCACCCUGGUGGGGUUCAGCACCUUGGUGGCCUGCCUGGUCUGCAGAAAAGAGAAGAACAAAACCAAAGGCCCCUCCCGGCGUCCAUCUCUGAUCUCUAGUGACUCCAACAACCUGAAACUCAACAAUGUGCGCCUGCCACGGGAGAACAUGUCCCUCCCGUCCAACCUGCAGCUCAAUGACCUCACUCCAGAUUUCAGAGGGAAACCAGCAGACCAGCAGAUGGCUCGCAACAACAGCCGGCCAGAGCUUCUGGACCCAGAGCCCGGCGGCCUCCUCACCAGCCGAGGUUUCAUCCGUCUCCCCAUGCUGGGCUACAUCUAUCGAGUGUCCAGUGUGAGCAGUGAUGAGAUCUGGCUCUGAGCCGAGGGCAAGAUGGAAGGUGUCUUCUUGGCCCCCUCCUCCUUCUACAGGGCAUCCUCUGCCUGGCCACAUUGCCACUGCCACUUCUGCUUGCCCUCCUGGCUAGGGUGCUCUCUGCUCUCUAUGAUGCAUUUCACUGGGAUCUGAUCCUCAGGGGCACAAGGAUCCUUGGCAAACUGCCAACUGCACCUACGCCCCUCAUUUUAACUCAGGUUGGGGGCUUGCAUGCAAGGCUGUGACCAGAUAGAGCACUUUGGCCAGGUGUGUUUGGUGGCCACCCAGCAGCUGAGGGUGGCAUGGCCCUGGUGGCGUGGGCUUGCUCUUGCCCCACACCGUUUGGUACUCUAAGCACCUUAUACAGCAGGCAUAGGGACAUGCCUGACUGGGGACAGGGAGGGCCCUGUACGUCUUGGAUUUCUUUCCCAUGCUAUGCAGCUUUGUUCCCUCAGGGAAAAUUAAGGACCCUGCUAACUGUAGAGAACCAAACUGCCCUUUGCACAGGAACCAACCCCUGGCCCAGGGGCAUUGGCCAAGCACAGACUAUCCAUUUUGCUAUAUAUCUCUCUGCCCUCUAUGCCCCCAGGGCCUCCUGGGCAUCAUAGGUUAUAUACUGGACUUAUUCCACUUUUUCCCAGGCCACUAGACUCCCCAUUGGCUUGGCACCUAAAUGGUGCCAAUGCCUGAUAUUAGCACAGGUUGGGAGGCAAAUAGUGAGAUGAGAAGUCUGGUGGCAUCCAGGACAGCAUGUAGCUAUGCAUCUUUUCCUUACAAUGUUAGCACUUUAAGCACAUCCCCUGGGGAGGGGGUGAGUGAGGGCCGCAGGGCCCUCUGUGGCAUCCCCAAGUCUGGCCUUCCUGUGAUUCACUGUGACGGCUCUGAGCCUUGAGGGUUGAUGGUUUCCCUUUUCAAUAUGUUUCCCUACCUGGAACCCCAGCUGAUACCAACCCUAAUUAUCCCACCCCUCUGUUCUAUAGGGGAUGCUCAUAGUGGCACUUAAUCCAAUAGUGCCAGAAGCUUUAGGGGGACGUGGAGAAAGGGGGAGACCAUAUACCCCAAAACAACCUAAGACACUUAAAAAAGCAACAUGGAAAUGACUAGAAAUAAUAGAGUGCAGAGUAUAUUUUUCCCUUGUUGACAACUUGUUUUAUAAUUUUUCUUCACGUUAUGUUACUGCCUAGGACAGUGCUAAGCACAUAGUAAAUCAAAUAAACUCAACUGGGUGAAUGUUAC